AUGGACAAGAAAAUGGAUAUGUCUUUGGAUGACAUCAUUAAGCUGAACCAGAGCCAGCAAGGCAGUCACGGCAAAGGCCAGGGCUGGAGCAGGGCCAGCUACCAGGGCCACCACGGUGGUGCCAUGCAGGCCUCUGUGUGGGGGAAUCGAUGCUGCAUGUCUCUGAAAUACCGGCCUACCAUGAGUGGUGGCUCUGCAGGAGGAGGCAGGAAAGGACCGCCUCCCUACAGCAGGUCUAUACAACUUUCCAACAAGUGGCAGCAUGACCUAUUUGACAGCCACUUCUAUGGUGGAGCCAGCAUGGAGAUGGGUGGUAAGCUGUUGGUGUCAAACCUUGACUGUGUGGUGUCUCUCGCAGAUAUUCAGGAACUCUUCUCAGAGUUUGAAACACUGAAGACAACAGCUGUGCACUAUGAUCGCUCCGGACGAAGUUUUGGGACAGCACAUGUGCACUUUCAACAUAAGGCAGUGGCCCUGAAGGCUAUGAAAAAAUCAAAUGGUAUCCCGUUAGAUGGCUGCCCCAUGAAUAUUAAGAUUGUUACAUCACAGACUGACUCAGAACGAAAAUAA